UUUUGUCGCUGUGGUUCCUGACACUGGGGGAUGUGCCUAUUUGUGCUGUGACGCUGCUGCAUGUUAAAUUAGCUGGCUGCAGCCUUUCAGGGACACCUCUUGCGGACCGCUGGAGCCCACAGUGCAAUAAACAUGGCAGCAGAGCUCUCCACUUCCAUUAACAUCAAGGAGCCCCGGUGGGAUCAGAGCACAUUCGUAGGUCGGGCUAAACAUUUCUUCACUGUCACUGACCCCAGGAACAUCCUCCUCACCAAUGAACAACUAGCUCAUGCACACAAAGUCAUCACUGAGUACAGGCAAGGUAUAGUGUCUCCAGGACUGACAGAAGAUGAGCUGUGGAGAGCCAAAUAUGUUUUUGACUCUGCUUUCCAUCCUGACACUGGGGAGAAGAUGAUCCUGAUCGGCCGCAUGUCGGCGCAGGUUCCCAUGAACAUGACCAUCACUGGAUGCAUGAUGACAUUUUACAAGACAACUCCAGCUGUGUUGCUCUGGCAGUGGAUCAAUCAGUCUUUCAACGCAAUAGUCAAUUACACCAACAGGAGUGGUGAUGCGCCGAUCACAGUCAGUCAGCUUGGCACAGCUUAUGUGUCUGCUACCACAGGGGCAGUUGCCACCGCUCUAGGACUAAAUGCACUAACAAAGCACAUCUCCCCCCUGAUUGGCCGGUUUGUUCCAUUUGCCGCUGUAGCUGCCGCUAACUGUAUCAACAUCCCCCUGAUGAGACAGAGGGAACUUCAACACGGCAUUCCCAUCACAGAUGAGAACGACAACAGGAUAGGAGAGUCAACAAAAGCUGCACAGCAGGCUAUCUCUCAGGUCGUGGUCUCCAGAAUCCUCAUGGCUUCUCCAGGAAUGGCUAUCCCCCCGUUUUUAAUGAACCAUUUGGAGAAGAAGGCCUUCCUGAAGAAGUUCCCAUGGAUGAGUGCACCUAUUCAAGUCGGCCUGGUGGGAUUCUGCCUGGUGUUUGCCACUCCACUGUGCUGUGCACUUUUCCCUCAGAAGAGCUCUAUGUCAGUCAGUCGCUUGGAGCCGGAGCUGCAGGAGAAGAUCCGGGCCAACCAUCCCGGAGUGGAGAGGGUCUACUUCAACAAAGGGCUAUGAGAGUGUGGCCCCCCUCAUCCAAACACUGCCAUAACACAGCUGCAGGCUCAGUCGUCUCUCUGCCAGCCCUCCUCAUUCAGUGUGCCAAAGUUAAGUUUGUGUCUUCUCAUUUCUACCAUUCAGAUGGAUAUGAG